UGAUAAUUAGUUUCAAAUCAUGAAAGUGGUGUUCGUGACACAUUUUUGAUAUUGUGAUUAGUGAACGCACGUCAUCAACAGCUAUCAAGAAUAUUUGUUUUUUCGUGAUUUUGAAUGCCUCCUAACUACAAAGUAACUACAUAGGUUCCCAGACAUUUUAUUAAGGGAGUUCAUUUUUUACCAUGUUCAGUAACAAAUGACAAGAGACAACAGUGAAGGCAACGUUAUUUCUAACCAAGAGAGACAAGUUUGAACCACAGCUUUCAUUAUGAUUGUAUGAUUAUACCUUUUUGAAUUUUUGUUGAGAUUUCUAUCUGAAUUUGGUAGGUAAAUAUGACUGAUCUCGGAAAUAUGCAAAGGAUUUUUAUUUGAUAUUUUAUCAUUACUGAAUUUGAUUUGAAGACAUCAACUGGAUUUGAAUACAAUCCAUUCGAAAACAAAACUAACAACCUUAUAAGCUUUGUAAACUUGGUGAAAUGGAAACGGAAGAUCAGGAACUUUUGAAGCUACAAAAAAAGCUAUCAAAAUCAUUCAUAUCUUUAUCAAAUAUGUGUCAGACAUUACAGAAAAAAUCCAAUAAAUACCUGUCUGAGUUGAAGAAUGAUAUCAAGCCUGAUGUGAACAUAAUGCAAGAGGCGGGAAUUGGGUUAAUACAUAUGAUGAAAAUGAUGAAAGAAAAUAUUUCCUUUCAUUUAAAUUCCUUAGAAAAUGAUGUGAAAGAACUGGAUCACAAGUAUAACCCAAUGGUGAAAGAUAUACUCGAUGAACUCUCAUAUUUCAAAACUUCUGUUGUAACUUUGGAAAAUGAUUCAGGAUACAUUUUUUCAAGAGCAUGUGAGAAAAAAACCGUGACAGAAGAAAGUGUUGGAAUGCUUGAUAGCUUGCUUUCAUUUUCUACCAGUGACAUAGAUCAAACACAAUCCUUGAAUAAUUUAUUAUUGACUGAUGCAAAUCAUUCAGGAAAGGCCUUGUCUUCACAGAGCUGUGCUUCGAAAAAAUCAGAUGCAAUUUUAAUUUGCAGUGAAGUUGAUACUGAAAUGGGAUGUUGUGCCAAAGAUUGCAAUUCCAUAAUAUCAGGAAAUACUUCUAAACGGAGUGUCGAACUGGGCAGUGACUCUAAUAAACAAGGUGUAAUUUCAGCCAGUGGUUCUCUUUAUAGUAAUUCAGGUUGCUCGUCAAAAGGAAACAGUUCUACAAAUUCAGCAAAGAAGUUCAAUUUAAGCCUUAUACCUAUUGAAGGAAGUGAUGGACAAGACACUGAUGAUUCCUGGAGAGAUACCCUCAAAUACAGCCCUACAGCAGUUAAAACUAAAUCAUCACCAAAACAAGAAAGCAGAGAAAGUGAAGAAGAUACAUAUGAUGUGGAAACUGUUGACUGGAACUAUGAGACGGAAAAUACACCUGAUGACAUCUUUGAAGAUGGACAUUGCACACCAAAAAAAGGAAACAUCAAGGAAGAACCAGGAAUUUCCUAUUGUGCUCAAGUUAAGGGAAAAAUAGUGCCCAAGAGCGGUCCAUGGUACCGUUUGUCAAUUUCUUAUAUUUUCAAAAAUGAAGAGGACACAUUGCUGAAGGAUAUAUCCCAAAUAUUGAGGUCAAGAAGUGUUUUUCGAGGAUUGGAAGAAGCUGGCACAAGUGCAUAAUAUUCAAUGGGGACU